UGCAUACCAAGAUAUCCGUAUACCUACUGUAAUGUCUUGUAUCUCCAUUAAACCUGACAAUCCAUUGCAUGUUUGGUACUCAAGCGCGAUAGCCUAUUGUGCCAGAUGGCUCACGUGGCUCUAUCAGUGGUGGCAAAUAAAGAAACGGAGACAAAACAGUGGAGAAACUAGUCAUGUAAGCACAAGAUGGGAGGAAGAUUAUGCUCUUGCAGAAUGGGGCCCAACUCAUCUCUUUUUCGAAUAUUUAGAAAUGAUUUUGCAGUUUGGCUUUGUGACAAUCUUUGUAGCUGCAUUUCCAUUAGCACCAUUAUUUGCUCUUCUGAACAAUAUUUUGGAAAUCAGACUGGAUGCUCGAAAACUUGUGUGCUCCUAUAGAAGACCAGUGGGUGUAAGAGUUCAAAAUAUUGGCAUUUGGUUUCGUAUAAUGGAUUCCAUUGGUAAAUUAGCUGUUUUGACUAAUGUGA